AUGGGUUGCUCAGGCAGCAAGAGUGUCAGCACCGGCGGCGCAUACGACACCAUCAAACAAACAGUUCUCUUCGAGGCCAAGGGCGACCCGAAGUCGCGCUGCUUCGCCAUGCUGCGCGAAGCGACUGACCUGCACAACAAGCUCAUCAAGGCCACCAAGGACCUCAAGGCCCUGAGCAAGUCAGCGGAGACGGCGCUGGACACGGCCAACACCGUACUCAACACGCCUCUGCCUCACGUUUACGAUAGCAAGGAAGCGGUGGACCACUCCAUGACCGAGCAGCACGACCCCAUUGGCGGCAAGGGCUUCUCCGCCGACUCCCUCACCAAGGUCAAGGGUGACCUGUUGGUGAAGAUUCAGUCCGAGGCGCUGGGCCCACUAGAUGCCUGGGACGCCAAGUACCUGGAUGCAUACCACAAGCAGAAGUUUGUGAACAAGGCAUACGAUGCCAUGAUUACCGCCCGCACCAAGGCCAGCCACGCCAAGGACACGGCCGAUGCCCUGUCUGGCAAGGUGCUGGCCCAGGACCCCAAGCUGAUUGAUGCCCAGCGCAAGCUGCAGCAGCUGCAGGACAACUACACCAUCGCCACCAACAAGCAUGCCGAGGAGGAGGAGUCCCAGUACCAGCGCCUGGCAGCCCUCAACAAGGACGCUGCCUCGUUCCAGACCAUCAUCAAGCAGGCCCUGGGCGAGACGGGCGUGGCGCUGGUGGCCGCCCGCGACGUCAUCCCAGACGUGCCCGCCAUCGCCACGAGUGUGGCCAAGGCGCCAUCUGAUGCCGCAAGCGCCGCCGCCGCGGCGGCCCAGGCUGCCGCUGCAGCAGCCGCCGCUGCCGCUGCCGCUGCGGGUGGGGCUGUGAAGACUGCCUGA